GCUGGUUCGCCGCUUUACGUCACGCUGCUGCCGCCGCCCGUCGCCUGGCUCGUCGUCCAGAUCAUGGCGGGCUGUGCGGCGGCGGGCUGCCUGCUCGUCUUCUCGCCAGUAGAGCUCGGCCGCCACCUACGCACCGCCGUGUACUGCGCCAUGGGCCUCGUUCAGCUCGUGCCCGUCACCACGUCGACUCUCUGGUACCGCAGCGUCUACUCGCAGUUCACGCCGCUCGAGCAGGGCCUGGGGGUGAUGGGCGCAACCUCGUACCUCGUCGGGUCGCAGUGCUACGCCACCGCCUCGCCGCGGCUCUGGCCGCCCGUCUUCAGCUUCCACGAGCUGUGGCACCUCUGCGUGCUCGUCGGAGUGGCGGCGCACUACGCGCUCUGCUGCAGCGUGCUGCUGCGGCACCCGGACGCGCUCUGAUCAAGCGGGUUCUUCGGAGUGUGGAGUGUCACUGUCAGUGGAGUGGACCGCGCCUCCGAGGCUGCUGCGCACGGAUGUGCCACGCCUCCUAGGCCUCUGCACUAAGGUCGUUGUGACGUGCGUACUGAGCUCCCUGUCUCUGUCUCUGUCUCUCACUAUCUCUCAGAGUU